AUGCAGACCAGUCCGCCGCUCUGGGAAGCCUCGACCGGCGAAAUGGGCCCCAGGCUCCAGCACGGCUGUGGGCUUGUCGGCGGCUCCAAGGACAGAAGAGCCCCACCUAGACGUCAACCAGACCGACAAGUCGUAUCAGACGGCCUUCUCCGAGUUCUGGUGAGGCAGCAGAAGAGCCUCCAGCUCGGAUUUGCUCUCAGUGUGCUCCUCCUCCAUCUCUCCCUUCAACGUCAACUGGUACGGGGUCACAUGAGUCGGGCCAGACCCGGCAGACGGACGGUCUCCCCUCCGCCUAGGAGCUCUGCACGUCCGGCGGCCUGGGCUCCUCCACCUACUCUAGAUUCUCCAUGCAGACGAGUCCGCCGCUCUGGGAAGCUUCGGCCGGCAAAAUGGGCCCUGUGCUUCAGGACGCCAGGGGGCCUGUCGGCGGCUCUAAGGACAGAAAAGCCCCACCCAGUCAACAGACGGACGGGUCGUAGUACACGGCCUUCUCCGAUUCCUGGUGACACAGUAGAAGAGCCUCAGGCUCGGACUGGUUAG